AUGGCAUGUACAGAAGAAGAAUUUACAGAAUUACUCAGUGGUGAAGUAUUUAUUGAUAUGGAUAAAUUAAUUGCAAUAUCAAGACAUGGAAUACCUGAUAAAGUUAGACCAGAAGUUUGGAAAUAUUUAUUAGGUAUUUCAAAAACAGAUAAAUCAGAAGAAGAAAGAGUUAAAAAACAACAACAACAAGAAUAUAAAGAAAUUGAUAAAAAUGAUUCAGAAACUACUAAAAAGAUAAGAGCCCAUUUAAAGAGGUAUCAAAAUUUUAAUAGGGAUAAAUCAGAUACAAGGAUAAAAAUCGAUUGGCAAAGUGUUGAAAUUAGAAAUAAAAUUGAAAAUAUUAUUAUCUCUUACAAUAAUUAUAAUAAUGAUAUAGAGUAUUCAUUUGGUAUGUUAGCGAUAUUAGGUCCAUUCAUAUCUACCCUUCAAACUGAAAGUGAUAUAUUCUUUUGUUUUGCUGCAAUGAUGAAAAAAAUUGAAGAGAAUUUACAAAAUGAAAGUUUAACUUUAAAAUUAUCAAGAUUUAUAAUGUAUUUUAGAUCUGUAUUACCAGAAUUAUUUAGUCAUUUUGAAGAAGAAGAAAUUAAUAGUAAUGAUUGGGCAACAAGUUGGAUUCAAAAUUAUUUAUCAUGUGAAUUACCAAUUGAAUGUACACUUAGAUUAUGGGAUACUUAUUUGUCUGGUAGAUUAGGUUUGGAUUUACAUGUUUAUGUUUGUUUAGCAAUUUUAACAAAUUUCUCUGAAGAAUUAUUAGAAUUGGAACAUAGUGAAAUCUUAUCUUUUCUUCAACAUUUACCUGGUAUUGAUAUUGAUCAAAUUAUAGCUCAAGCUUAUAAUAUUUUUGAUGAUAUUAGAGCUAAUAAUGAAUUAUAA